CGGGUUAUAAAAGCCUCGUGCUAGCUUAUGCAUACUACAACAACCAAGAACAAAUAGAGUGUGAGUGAUUUGAUAUAGUAAAGAUGGUGCUAGGGAGCAAGAAAACAGCUUUAUUGUUCUUGCUUUGUGCACAUGUUUUUGUAACUAAUGUUGUUGCAAGAAAUGUAAACAAUGAAGAUGAGAAAAACCUUGUUCUCGGAUUUGGCAAGGGAGGUGGGUUUGGAGUUGGAUUUGGUGGAGGUGGAGGAGGAGGAGGAGGAGGCGGUGGAGGCGGUGGUGGUGGGUUUGGUGGAGGAGGAGGAUUUGGUGGUGGUGCUGGUGGUGGAGCAGGAUUUGGUGGUGGUGCAGGUGGAGGCCAUGGAAUUGGAGGUGGAGGAGGUUUAGGGGGUGGUGGAGGCGCUGGUGGAGGUGUCGGAGGAGGACAUGGGAUUGGAGGUGGGAUUGGGAAAGGCGGGGGACUUGGCGGCGGUGGUGGAUUUGGAAAAGGUGGAGGUGUAGGAGGCGGUGUCGGUGGGGGUUAUGGAAAGGGUGGAGGUAUUGGAGGUGGUCAUGGCGGUGGCAUUGGCAAGGGUGGAGGAUUAGGAGGUGGUGGUGGCUUUGGAAAAGGUGGCGGUGUUGGAGGAGGUGUGGGUGGUGGCCAUGGAGGUGGAUUUGGCAAAGGUGGAGGACUUGGUGGUGGAGGAGGCUAUGGAAAAGGUGGUGGCGUUGGAGGUGGAAUUGGUAAAGGUGGAGGACUUGGUGGUGGUGGAGGCUUUGGAAAAGGUGGUGGCGUUGGAGGUGGAAUUGGCAAAGGUGGAGGUGUUGGUGGUGGAGGAGGCUUUGGAAAAGGUGGUGGCGUUGGAGGUGGAAUUGGCAAAGGUGGAGGUGUUGGUGGUGGAGGAGGCUUUGGAAAAGGUGGUGGCGUUGGAGGUGGAAUUGGCAAAGGUGGAGGACUUGGUGGUGGUGGAGGCUUUGGAAAAGGUGGUGGCGUUGGAGGUGGAAUUGGCAAAGGUGGAGGUGUUGGUGGUGGAGGAGGCUUUGGAAAAGGUGGUGGCGUUGGAGGUGGAAUUGGUAAAGGUGGAGGACUUGGUGGUGGUGGAGGCUUUGGGAAAGGCGGUGGUAUUGGCGGUGGUAUUGGUAAAGGUGGAGGUUUAGGUGGUGGUAUUGGAGGCGGUUCAGGCGGAGGUGGUGGUUUAGGUGGAGGUGUUGGAGGUGGUUCUGGUACUGGAAUUGGUGGUGGAAUUGGAAAAGGAGGAGGUUUUGGUGGAGGUAUUGGAGGUGGUUCAGGUGGAGGUUUAGGUGGUGGUAAUGGAGGUGGUUCUGGUGGUGGCAUUGGAGGAGGAUUUGGCAAAGGUGGAGGUUUUGGUGGUGGCAUUGGAGGAGGUUCUGGCAGUGGUAUUGGUGGAGGAUUCGGCAAAGGAGGUGGCUUUGGAGGAGGUGUUGGUGGAGGAGCAGGAAGUGGUUUUGGUGGUGGAUUUGGCGGUGGUGGUGGUGGCGGCGGUGGCGGAGGAGGCGGAGGCGGUGGAAUUGGACAAUGGCACCAUUGAGAAUCAUCGUUGUCGUUGAUGGUUGGAUGCAUAAAUUUAUUAUAUCAUUUUUAUUAAACUUGCAUUAUUUAUAAAAUAGUCCUAUUAUAUAUAAUUUGUAUGAGUGGAGCCGAAAAAAUUACUCUUAAAUUAUAUUGAUUAUCAUGAUAAUAUAUGAAAUAUUCUCUAAUAGCUUUAAAUGAAAAAAUUAUAUUUUUGCA